CAGCAGCGGCCGACUCGACAUCCACGGAUCAGUCACAGAACGGAGGGCACAGGUCGUAAACGCGGCGGUCGCGAUUCCUCAACUAUCUUUCGACGGCGACACCCGCGCGCUCCGAGCUCGCCGUAUGCCGCCCGCGUAACUCAGCCUUGCGCCACCACAACAAUACGAAGACUCUGGAUUCAAUGAGCGGGGACGCAGAGUACUCAACAAACUUCAACAUGAGGAACAACGUAAAGCCAUCAUUCUGGGGGCAGAGAACGAGAAUGGAGAAGUGGCUGUUGCUUGUGGCAAUUCUGGCGGUUCUACUCGCCAUCGCUUUUCUCGCAGCUUUCAUCGCAAGCAUGCUCGUGCGCAACUCAACAAGCGUCAAAGAUAUGCCGCAAACCAGUGAAUUAAGGCUGUCGUCCUCCGUGCCAUCGACAGUGGUCUCACCCGGGGCUGAUGAAUCCAAAAUUUGCACGAAGCCCGGUUGCAUCCAUACAGCUUCCAAACUGCUCACGAACAUGGAUGAAACAAUCGAUCCUUGCGACGAUUUCUAUGAUUUCGCGUGUGGUGCAUUCGUGAAGAACACUCGAAUCCCGGACGACAAGACAUCAGUGAACACCUUUUCCAUCAUCACCGACCAGCUGCAGGAACAAAUCAGGACCCUACUGGACGAACCCAUAUCGCCCAACGAACCCAGACCGUUCGUUCUCGCUAAAACUUUGUACCAAGCCUGCAUGAACAGAACGGCGAUUGAACAGCGCGGGGUGCAGCCACUUCUGGAUAUGUUGCGACGUUUGGGCGGUUGGCCCGUACUCGACGGCACUGCUUGGAACGAGGGAACCUUCACCUGGGAGGAGUCCGUCUACAAAUUCCGUGACGCAGGCUACUCUGUCGACUACUUCCUCGACUUCUCCAUAAGCGUCGACGUGAAAAACUCCACCAAGCGCAUAAUCGAUUUGGAUCAGGCGUCUCUGGGAUUGAGUCGGGAAUAUCUGAAUCGAGGACUAAAUGACAAGCUGGUCCAGUCGUAUUAUGAAUACAUGGUGGACAUCGCAACAUUGCUCGGCGCUGAUCGCGCUCGAGCCGAAGUUGAGCUAAAGGAGUCCUUGCAGUUCGAAAUUAGUCUUGCCAACAUCUCCUUGCCACUUGAAAAACGUCGUAAUGCCACUAGUUUAUACAAUCCUAUGACCAUUGCCGAAUUGCAGCAAAAGUUCCCUAAAAUCCCAUGGUUUAACUACAUCAAUCGUCUUCUGGCGCCUCACGUAAAGGUUGACAUGAACGAAAUCGCCAUUGUUAACGUUCCUAAGUACAUUAGCGAUCUUGAGAUCCUCCUGGAGAAAACCCCGAAGCGCGUUCAAGCCAACUACGUGAUGUGGCGCGUGGCCGGCGCGUCUGUAUCUUACUUGACGGAGACCCUGCGAAGGCGGCAGCUGGCGUACGUCACUGCGCUCUCCGGCAAGACCGAGAGGGAAAGUCGCUGGAAGGAGUGCGCGGAUACCACCAGUGUCAGCAUGUCCAUCGCUGUCGGGGCUUUGUACAUCAGAAAGUACUUCGAUGAAGCCUCUAAAUCCAAAGCUUUGGAGAUGGUGACUGACAUCAGACAACAAUUUCGCAAAACUUUAACUGAAGUGGACUGGAUGGACGACAAGACCCGGCGUGAGGCUCUGGAGAAGGCAGAUGCCAUGGCUUCGCACAUAGCUUAUCCCAGCGAGAUGCUUGACAAUGACAAACUUACGGAGUUCUACUCAGCAUUGGAAAUGUCAUCAGACAAACUGAUGGAGUCUGUACUGAACCUAACGUUAUUCGGGACCGAAUUUCUCUUCAGUAAGCUCCGUGAACCCGUCAACAAAACCGACUGGAUCACUCACGGCCGCCCCGCCAUCGUCAACGCAUUCUAUUCUUCAAUCGAAAACAGCAUUCAAUUCCCGGCCGGGAUUCUACAAGGCGCUUUCUUCUCUGCCGUGCGACCUGCGUACAUGAACUACGGCGCCAUUGGUUUCGUCAUCGGUCACGAGAUCACACACGGUUUUGACGAUCAGGGACGCCAAUUCGACAAGAACGGAAACUUAGUUGACUGGUGGCAAGAGAUGACCAAAGAGAAGUACCUAGAAAAGGCAAAGUGUAUUAUCGACCAGUAUUCCAACUACACAGUCAAAGAAGUGGGCAUGAAGCUGAACGGCGUGAAUACUCAAGGAGAAAAUAUAGCUGAUAACGGUGGAAUCAAAGAGGCGUAUUACGCGUACCAAGCCUGGACUCACCGCCACGGAGAAGAACCUCGUUUACCAGGAUUAGAGAAAUACACACCUAAACAGCUAUUUUGGCUAAGCGCUGCAAACACAUGGUGUGCAGUAUACCGUAACGAAGCCAUCAAGUUGCGCAUCACAACGGGCUUCCAUGCUCCAGGACGCUUCCGAGUCGUCGGGCCACUAGCCAACAUGGAGGAAUUCGCGAAAGACUAUAAGUGUCCCGUUGGCUCUCAAAUGAACCCACGUAACAAAUGCAAAGUGUGGUAGUGCUACCGCGUCGCACUACCCCUCUCCAUUAUACACUGAGUCAGAUCUAAAGAUCUCAGGCACAGUCGGCUCUCUAUUGCCGAUGUGAAAGGCCCUUUAUGACGAGCUACAAUGCUCACUUCGUUUUCCACUUCGUACAUGGAGACCCGAAAACAUCACACUUUAAAGCACCUUUUAUGUCUUUUAAAUUAAUUAGCAAAAUUGGCUCGACGAAGCCUUGAUCGUGUAUUGUAGGGCAAUUUGUGAAUGUAAUGUUGGAUGUUUAGGUGUCAUCAUAUUUCGAUGUUGUUUAAAUUUGUAAAUAGACGUUUUAUUAGAUACUUUGUACACUUUAAUGGCACUACGAUCAAUCAAUGAUAAUUUAUUUGAAUGAGACUUAGACUGAGCGUGAUACUUUGCAAAUCAACGGGUAGGUAUGUUCUAGACGCGUAUUAUGCACUAACUUUUACAUCAACAAGUACAAAAGCUAUAAUGGCCUACUUUGGCACUGACCUUUUCCAGUGUGUGCUUCCUUUAGAACUGAGUUAUUUCAUACUCUAGUAAUCUUACUGUGAGUCGCGUCAAUAAAGCACUACCAAACCCGGUUCGACAGGCAAUCCAAAUCUUACACGAUAUCAUUUAUAUCGAGACAAAAGCAUAAUCGUAGCUGAUGUGACCCUAUGGCAUAUUCAUAUUUUGUAUCUAUUACUUAUUGUGCUGUAUCGAAUCUCCUUACGUGAAACGAUCAGU